AUGGAGCUAUUCAUAUUUGGUGACAGGAAAGCCUUUGAUGGCUCCUUCAAAGAGGCUGAUGAGCGCUCCAUCACCCUAGUUGACGUGACCGAACAAACAUUCCGAAUCUUCCUCCAGUGGGCGUACGCACAAAUGUCUCAAGCUCAGCUCACCACGAUACCGCUGUGCAAAGACCUGCAGCUUAUACAAGACUCAGCAAAAUCUGGCGCAGCUGUACCACCCACUACUGGAACAACCGGGAGAGAUGACGAGAGCGACUCGAGCAUGGCUUCAGAUCGUAAUGCUGCGCCUGUUGCGGCCUUCGACGAAGGUGCUUUUCACUACGACCCAGAGGGACUCGGCAGGACACGGUACUGGAAGAACAACGAGUAG